AUGGCUGAUUUUCUUAAAACUGAAAUUUAUUUGCUUUCGGAAGGUGCUUACUUUCAUGUGAGGUGUUGUGCACACAUUUUAAAUCUAAUUGUGCAAGAUGGUUUGAAAGAGUUAGAUGAUGUUGUCAUAAAGGUUAGAGAAAGUGUAAAGUACUAUAAGGGCUCUCAAUUGAGGAAGAAAAUGUUCAAAGAUAGUGUUGCAUAUGUAGAGUUACAAUUAUCUAAGGGUCCAAAGCAAGAUGUUCUCACUCAAUGGAACUCCACCUAUAUGAUGUUAGAAUCUUUUUUGUACUACAAAAAGACAUUUAUUCAUUUGCAAAAGAUGGAUGCUAACUAUUCACAUUGUCCAACAAGUGAGGAAUGGGGUAAAAUUGAAAGAAUUUUCAAGUUUUUACAGGUUUUCUAUGAGGUGACAUGUGCUUUUUCUGGUUCUAAAUAUCCUGCUACUAAUCUUUAUUUUACCAAUGUUUUGAUGUUUCGAGUGUUGUUACACAAAGAAAAAUAUAGCCAUGCUAGGUUUAUGAAAAAUAUGGCUACAAGGAUGUAUGCAAAAUUUGAGAAGUAUUGGGCUGAAUUUAGCACGGUUAUGGCGAUUGUAGUUGUUUUGGAUCCUCGAUACAAAUUUCAAAUGGUUGAAUGGGGUUAUGAGAAAAAUAAAAGCAAAUAUGGUCAAGCCAAGAGCAUGUCAGACUCUCAGAAAGAACUUCAUGGUGACUUAGAUGGAGCUUCUUCUUCACCGAUGAUGGACUUUGAUAAAUUUUCAACCAAGGUUACCUCUCAAGUUGUAAAAGUUGAACUCGAGUGUUACUUAGAGGAGAAACUCAUGCCACGAGUUAACAAUUUCAACAUCUUGGAUUACUGGAGAACUCGUGAGAUUCGAUAUCCAACUGUUGCUCGAAUGGCUGGGGACAUUUUAGUUGUUCCUAUCUCAAUUGUGGCAUCAAAAUCUGCAUUCAGCAAAGGUGGCAGGGUACUUGAUGCUUAUAGAAGUUCUUUGGCUCCUUCUAUAGUUGAGGCUAUUAUUUGUCUAAGAAAUUGGGUAUUUGGAGAAGCAAAAAUGGAAUCCCAACUUGAGGAGCUUUGUGAUGCUAUCAUGAUGGAAAAGAUGGACGAUGAACAGGAAAAUCAUACCGAAAGUGGAAGUCGAGUUGGUGAAAGUGAGAGUCAAGUUGCUUAG